AUGGGUCAUUCAUUUAGUGAAGAUUUGAAAUGGAGAAUGGUCUACUUGUAUUUAGAUAGUUAUAACAAACAGAAGAUCAGUAAACUUCUUUAUACAAGUUAUUCAGGCGUUUGCAGGAUAUUAAGGAACUUUAAAAAAUGGAACUGUAUAGAAAAUCCAUUUAGAGGCCUUUCUGGUCAUAAGAAAUUAUUUAGAAGUACUGAUAUAAAGGUUUUGAAAGGACUAGUUAAUGAGAAAGUGGAUUGGUUUUUGAAUGAAUUGGUUGAAGAAAUGAAGAUGAGAACAGGCAGUGGCAUUCAUUAA